AUGCCCGAGGAACAGAUCCCACUGGACGACCAUCGUCCGGCGUCAUCGGCCUCCUCCACGCCCCGGUCACGUCAGCCAUCGUUUGGGGAUGUGCAGGACAAUGGUGCCCCCGAGCGCAUUCCGGUGGUCGACGGAGACGGUGGCCAUUUUGUGGCGAUAAGGAAUAUGCUAAAUGCGAGCCGUAAUCGUCCGGUUGCUCGCAUUGCACCGCUCCUCGAGCCAUCGUUCGUCCCGGCCCCGCAGAGAUACUUUCCGAUCGUCAUACCGGCGGAACCGACCAUCGAAGAGUUACUGCGCCACGCGGCCGGCACGGAAGACCUAGCGACGGUGAGGGAAAUUAAGCUGAAGGUCAUCUCGCAUAUGACCAGCCUGCAGCGGAUACCGUGCUUCAUACCGCAUCUCCGGUCGCUCAUCCUAGAAGGUAGCAUCGUAAUGACCCUGCGUGAUUUGGGUUGCGACAUGACCACACUACGCUACCUGAACGUGUCCCGGUGCAGCCUGAAGCAUCUGGAUGGAACCACGGGAUUGGAGUCCCUCGAGGAGCUGGUGGCCGACUACAACCUCAUUGAAGAGGUUGGACCGUGCACAAAUUUGACCAACAUAAGAAAGAUCAGUCUCAAAGGAAAUCGAAUAACAGAUCUGGGAAGUGUCACCUUUUUGGCGUUAUGCGAGAAGUUGGAGGCGUUGGAUUUGCGCGAAAACUUAGUCUCCGAGAAUCCGUCCUUCAGGCAUGUGCUGAAAAUGAACAUUCCUCAGCUGAAAAGCCUCAAUGAGAUUCCCUUCCGAGAAGUGGCGGCAGAUGAUACGGACCUGUCGAGCUCCGAGUAUCGAUCGUCCAGUUCUGGCAGCGUAGAGGACAUACACCGGGGGAGAUGGAACAUGCUAGGUACGAGCGUGGCAGGAGAGUUGCAACGGGAGGCAGCGGGUUUGGAGCGUCGACCGACAACGGCCAGCGUGGAACGGCGUGUAACGGUGGAGCUGCUCGAUCAGGAACGGCCCUCAACGGCUGAUCCGGUGAAGAUAAAGGCACAGCUAACUUCCGGCGAACCGCUGGUCGGUAGCAUCGUUACCAAGGCGCGUCGUCGACGCCGUCAGAAGACGGCCUGGGGUGAGUCCACCUCGUGCUCGAGUGUCAGCAGCUCCGAUUCGUCGUUUUCCAAAGAUUUCCCCGACCGGUUGCCGCAAAAGGCGGUCGAUCUGGAGCUCGGUGUGAUCGGUGUGGCGGGCGGUGGUCAGGGUCAAUCGCAAUCGCGUGGCGCACCACCACAAAACCCAUCCGGACCCGGGACGGACGAUGAUCCGCAGAGUUUGUUGCGUGCCGCACGGCUCUGGCGCCAGCGAUCGUUGCAAACUCGCGAAACGAUUCGCGAGCAGGAACAACAGCUGCUCAUGUUGCGUCAGCUUAAUGACGAGGAUUAG